AUGAUUUCUUUCUGUUUUCUAUUGCCCCGUUUGCCAACUACAGGUGCCUGGGUCGUGUUCACACCCACCAACCACGACCGUGACCCCGUGUUCGGGCUGAGCGCGACCGGGACCUUCGCCAUGACCGUCACAGCGGGCUUCUUCCUCUUCGAAUGCCUGGCCUUGACCUGGUCAGACUGGACGACGAACUCCCUGUCCAAAAUGCUCCACCUCCACCACUGGCUCAGUCUGGCCGGCAGCGUGACCGUGGUGCUGACAGAGGCGGGCUACACCGUGGCUUCGCGGAGUCUCACCUUAGAAAUGAGCACGCCCUUCUCGGCGCUGUGCUGGAUGCUGCUCAAGGCGGGGCUGGGACGGAGCUGGUUGUGGACUGUCAAUCAAAUGGUGCUGCUCCACGCCUUCCACCUGCGCUCUGUGGUGGAGUGUCACAUCUGGUGGAACACUUUCACACACCGCCAGGCCAUCUGGGCGGACAUGCCGUGGUCGACGUUUCUAUCGGUGUAUGCGGCGCUCAGCAUGUUCACGUUUAUGGCUACCCCGUACUGGGGCUACAAGAAGACGUUGCAGAUGGGCCACCCACACGAUUGGAACUUUGAGAACGACCAGGAUGAUACACUCAAAAAUGGGAAGCUGGCUAAAAAUGAGUAAUUUUUAAAAAUUCCACCUACCCCCUUCCCCUACCCACACCUUUUUUUCAUCCCCUCUCAGAACAUCCCAAUCUCAGUAACUCUUCAAUACUUAAACCCCCUACCUCAUGCAAGCACUUUAUAUUAUAGAAGAAACAAAAACAAGAAAAACUCGAAAGUCUAUUUAUUCUUUCUAAAAUAUCUUAAUUGGUUGAGUCUACUUUAUCCA